UUAGAAGAGGGAUAAUCGCCGUUGAUGACGUCACCGCCGGUAAUCAACCAAUCAUAAAAUCCGAUUUCUCUCUGCCUCCUACCCUUAUCUCUAAGCCUCUCCUUCUCCUCCUCUCACGUUAGCCUCUCUCCCUCCCUCCCUCCCUCCCUCCCUCCCUCCCUCCCUUCGGAAUGGAGACGACGCCGGAGACUCAGCCGAAGUCCCAAUCGCAGAGCGGCGGCGGAGGCUCCUCUCACCGCGUACCUCCGGGACGCGAGGACUGGUGGAGCGAGGACGCGACGGCGACGCUGAUCGAAGCCUGGGGAGACCGGUACGUCCACCUCAGCCGCGGAAACCUCCGUCAGAACGACUGGAAAGAAGUCGCCGACGCCGUCAACUCUCGCCACGGCGGCAACGGCCAGCCGAAGACCGACGUGCAGUGCAAGAACCGGAUCGACACGCUGAAGAAGAAGUACAAGACGGAGAAGGCCAAGCCUUCGUCGUCUUCCUGGUGCUUCUUCGAGAGGCUAGACUUCCUGAUCGGUCCCGCCGCCGCGAAGAAAUCCACCGCCGCCGGAGCUUUCAGAUCGCCGGUGACGAAACCGGCGGGAUCUGUUUUGAGCGGAAGCUCUCUCAACGAUGACGACGAGGACGACGAAGAUGAUGAUGACGUGGAGGGUGAUUGGGGGUUUGUGGCGAGGAAGCAUCGGCGAGUGGAAGGUGUAGUAGAUCGGAGUGUUGGUGAAGGUGAAGGAUCGUCGUGUAGGGAGCUGGCGAGAGCGAUUCUCAAGUUAGGAGAAGUGUACGAGAGAAUCGAGAGUGCGAAGCAGGGGAUGAUGAUUGAAUUGGAGAAGCAGAGGAUGGAAGCUGCAAAUGAGAUUGAGUUACAACGAAUGAACAUGUUGAUGGAUAUGCAAAUGGAGCUUGAGAAGUCCAAGCUUGGGAAACGUAGAGCUGCUUCAGUAAGUUGCAGUUGCGUUGGUUGAAAAAAAGAAGUUGCAGUUGCGGCUGUUCGGGUUGUUGAAACUCUGCUUCUUUGUUAUUAAUCUGAUCCAAUGAACAAACGGUUAUUUGUCAAUUUACCUCGUAAAUUAAAUUUAUAGGUUCACUAAUCAAUACUCCUUCCGUUUCGAUAUGUAAAUAAUUUUGUCUAAAAACGCAAAUAUUAAGAAAGUUGUUGUUUAAAAAGAAAUAUAGUUUAAUCAAUGAAUUCAACUAAUUAUAAAAAACUUAAUAUUAUUUUAUUGGUCACACAAUAUUUAAUAAAUAAAAAAGUGCAUUGAAAUAUGUAAACUAUUUAUAUUGUGAAACAAACUAUUUUUGCUAAAACUACUUACAUUUGGAAACAUAAGAUAUAAUAUUUAGUCAUUUCAGAUUCAAAAUCUUAAAAAAAAACAAUAAGAACUUCUAAUUUAUAUAAUAUUUUAAAAAUAAUAAAAAUAGUGGUAAUUACCAACAAAAAUAUAUUUAAAAAUUGUUACUGUCGGUAAAAUACUAAACUUUGAAUCCUAAACUUUUGGAUAAACCUUAAAUCAUUGGAUAAAUCCUAAAUCUAAAUUAUAAACACUAAAUAUUGACUUUUAAAAAUACUAAACCUUAAAUCUUAAACUCUUAAAUAAAUCCACUUGAUGUUAUGUCUAUGUACGUGGUACAUAACAUGUUGAUUCUAGUGAUUUAAACUUUAGGUACAGAAACAAAAGGACACAUUUGUUAGCACUAAGUACGCUACAUACAUAGCUUUUUAGGUUUAGAAAAAGCUCAACCUAAUUUAUUUUACUCAAAAUGAAUAUAUCCAUAGUAAGAAAUCGGGUAUUUAGGAAAUAUAUAUACAAAUUUAAAAUUAGAAUUAUUCAUCAACACAAUCAAUAGAGGUUAAAUGAUUAGUAUUUACUUCUCCUGUCUACCAAAUUGAUUCAAAUAUUCAAUGCUCUUUACGAUUUCGACUGUAUGCUUAUCAAUAUAGUAACAUUGGCCGCGUAUGUAUUUGUUUUAUUCAAACGCAUAAAUCAAAUCUGACAGGAAAAAACUAGUUUUGGCAUAUACCCAAGUAAUGUAGUUUAUUUAUUACAUUCGGAGAGAGCGAAGUAUAUAAUAACUUAGGUUAUUACAUUCGGUGACAUAUAUACUCGUUAAUGAUGCAAUAGCGGGUACCGCGUUUACAGCUAACCAAUCAGAGUGAAGUUUCAAGCUGUUGACGUGUAUCUCAAUAAUGCCUCCUUAUACUUAUAACCUUUUCCGUUGGAAGAAUAUUCUCUCCUAUGUGAGUUUUGCUUAAACUAAUACUUUUGAUUGUCUGUCUUACUAAUUCUUAAUCACGUCCCCUUUCUUUCUCUUAGAUUUAUAAGAUAUAUUUUGAGCAUCGGAUGCUUGUCUCUUUGCAUAGCUUAAAUAUUCUUAUAUCUAUCUGUUUAUGUUUGAUUAUAUAUUAAUCAUCUCAAUACUCAAAUUAUCAACCAAAAUAUCAUUGAACAACUAACUACCAAUCAGGAAAAUAACCGAUUAAUUGCAUAAUUUUAAAAUAAAUUAGCUUCAAUCAGUUUUCUAUUGGAUAAGUAAAAUUACAGCAGAUAGUUUAUAGUAACUUAAUUACUGCAUGAGUCAGUGAGGGAAAAACUACGUAUAUGGUUUGAGCAUUUCCAACUUCUCAAACAAUCGAAUCAAAAAAAUUACGAAACAGAGUCCCAUGGAAAUUGAAGAAUGAGUCGUAAAGGAAUCAACUGCUUCAUGAGAGGUUGAUAUAGUUUGGUAGAUAUAGUAUUCACCCAACCUAGUUGCUUCUUCGAUUUUAUUGCUUCCGUUUCCAUAAAUAUUUUACAAGCUAAACGAACUUAUCUAUUAAACUCUACUAAGUUCGCCCUAGAGAAAUCCUUUUUGGCCCGCUUCCCAAGGUGCACUGCUCAGAUGAAUCCCCUCCGCUCCAACGCCGCCGUUCUUUCCUCUUCCCGCUGAAGCAGCUCUGCUCCCUCUCCAUGGCCCUGAUGGUGACUUAUUUUCCGUCACGGUUCAGACCUUCUCCAGAUUCGCCGCCGUGGUCGCUGUGUAAGUCUCGUCCGUUUAAAGCUCUCACUCUCACCGUCCCUCCAGAACCUCCAGAACCCCCAGACGUUCCCUUUUUCCUCGCCCCUCCUCUUCAAACCCUCGAAUCUUCCGUCAAUCCCGUCGCCUUCCUCCCUCGUUGCAGCUCUCUGGUUCCUGUUGGUGCAGCUUCUCCUCUGAGUUUCUUUGCAUCGACCAUUAUUGUAACCAUGACUGUUUUCGUGUCAUUCGGAAUGUGUGUUUCUACUGCUUGGUGCAGAUAUGAGCACAGUUUCCCUUGGCUUGAUUUAGGUGUUAAUUGUCUCGAGAUGAGUCUUUUACCUCUGAAUGAGGAUGUUACCCUCCCUUUGAAUCUUCAUUUACCUCAAUUUGAGGAUGUUGCAAGCGAUCUGUCUUUACCUCUACA